AGAAGAGGAAGUGGGAGAACCAUGGGCAUCAAGGUCCUAGCAAAAAGGGGAACCAUGGGGGAGGGGGAUCUUUUCGGACACCCCCACUGCCACCUAGGGGAAGUCAUGGCCCGGGCGGGCAAUCACAAGCCUCGGGGGUGACUCGUUGCAAGAAUUGCAAGAGGAACCACCCGGGGAAAUGUCGUGACCCUCCUAGAUGCUACCAAUGCGGGAGCACCGGUCACAUGAAGAUGAGCUGCCCACAACUGGGCGGGACGAGGGCAUCAGGGCCAAGUAGUGGUAAUACCGGGACACGGAAUCAAGCCGGGACUUCACAAGCGUCCAGGGGGCAAGGGGGAGCAAGCGCAAGCAACGCGCCGUCCGUGAAUCAAGGAAGGACUCAAGCUAGGGUCUACGCGAUGACGGAGGCGGAUGCUCAAGCUAACCCGGAUUCCGUUGCAGGUUGAGGCUAGAGCUUGCUUCCUGUGCUCGUUGCUCGAGGGAUCAUCUAGGAGGGAAGACUUGGUUCGUGCUUCCUCCAUUCAGUUUUAAACAUUAAUAAACAUGCUCAUGGAUAUUUACUUUAGAGCCUGCGUGCUCAUGUUAGCCACGUGUGGCAUUUGUUUUCAAACUAUGUUUUCCGCUAUGUAUUCGAUUACUUAUUAUGUUUGUUUAUGGAUGGCUUACGUGUGAAUGAUAUUCGGGACGCCUUGUAUAAUAUGAAUGUGUUGGACUGCGGUUGACUAUUC